AUGGGGCGGGUGGAGGAAAUCGGGUGUCUUUUGAGUUUUGAGAAUCUGCUGUCUCCUCAUGCGCAGGCCCUCCUAAUUCUGCCCCCCCCCGGUCUUUUUCCAGGUUCAUCCUCGCAUUCCCUGAGGUAUUUUUGCACUGCUGUCUCAGAACCCAGCCAGCAGCUGCCCCAUUUCAUCACCGUGGGGUAUGUGGAUGGCCAGCCCUUUACUGAGUAUGACAGCAUCACAAGAAGAAGACAGCCUCGAGCGCCCUGGAUCAAGAAGGUGGAGGAGGACGAUCCUCGGUAUUGGGACAGGAACACCCAGAUAGCACAAAACAAUGAGCAGGUGUUCAGACGGAACUUGGAGAUCCUAAGAAAUCGCUAUAACCAGAGUGGAGGGUUUCACAUUUUGCAGUAUAUGUACGGCUGUGAGCUGAGGAAGGAUGGGAGCAAAAGAGGGCAUUUCCAGCAUGCCUACAACGGGAGAGACUUCCUCAGAUUUGACAUAGAGACCCUCACUUGGAUGGCAGUUGAUCCCACAGCCCAGAUCACCCAGAGGAAGUGGGAAGCAGAACCUGCCGUUGCCCAGAGAAAGAAGGCCUAUCUGGAAGAGGAGUGCAUUGCGUGGCUGCGGAGGUACCUGGACUACGGAAAGGAGACACUGCUCAGGACAGAGGCACCUUUGGGAAAGGUGACCCGCACGUUCGUCUCCAAAGGGAGGGAGAUGCUGGUCUGCCAGGCCCACGGCUUCUACCCCAAGGAGAUUGAAGCCACCUGGAGGAAGGGUGGGGAGAUCAUGGAGCAGGACACCUUCCGGAGGAACGUCGCUCCCAACGCCGAUGGGACCUACCACGCCUGGCUCAGCAUCGAGAUCAACCCCGAAGACAGAGAGCUCUACCGAUGCCACAUCGAUCACGCUGGCCUGGCUGUGCCUCUCGUCUUGGCCUGGGAAGCGCCUGGUGGGCGCAAGCAACAGGGAGGACCCUUGUAAAGCAGCGUUAACUGAGUCCUCCAUCGCGGGUACCUUAUUUCAGUCGGGUUCAGAAGCAGUUCUUCCCAAGACACUUCCUCACUCUCACGAGCACCUCUUUCCCUGGCUGGAAACAUUUAUACACCUUCUGAUGUGGGAGAGGCCUGCACGGCAGGGAGGAAACCAACCGAGAAGAAGGGGAAAAGGGAAAGUGGUCCUUUAAAUGGACUUCAGUGCCUUCUGCUGCCUGGCUGGAUAGCUCAGCAAGUUAGCUAUGCAACUUCGGAGGUUGGGGGUUUGGUUCUAAUCCAUUCCGUCCAAAGGAAAAAAAAUCACCAAAAAAAAAA